AUGGCUCCAAAACGGACAGGGGUGGCUGGUAAGACGGCUGCAAAGAGAACCACCACCAAAAAUAUCACCAAGACGGUUAAAAUGGCAACUUCUCGACAUUCUGCCUCUAAUGACUCACGUCCUCUGCGCUACACACCUGGCCGAUUCCUUCCUAGAGGGCUUGAAAGGACUACGCCGUCUCCGUUAGAGCCGGGCACUGCAGACUCAUUGGAAUUCCCUUCGCUCGCGUCCUAUGAAAACCCAGUGAAGAAAGUCGCAAAAAGAACCCGAAACGUGAUCGAAGAUUCGUCCAGCGACGGGUCAUCUGACGCCAGUGAUUCUUUCCAAUACCAAGCAUGCCGAUCUAAAGCCUCCAAGCGAGCGAGGACAGUUGUGAAGAAAACCCCUGCUCCGGUAGUUGAGGAUUCAUCCGGUGGAGCAGCUGGUGCCACAUCCGAUGAAGGGAUAUCUGAAGUUGACAGUUUCCAUGGUGCUAAUAUUCUUCUGCGUUCGUCGCAUCGGCCAGCUGAGCAGCUCACGAGGCGCAGGCAGCCUAAGCGAGGCGAGCAGGCCAUGGAGGCACGACCCCCUGGUCUCGAUAGCCCCCAUCCAGAGGAGCCGAAGAGACGUGCAUUCCCGAUUGUCGGGGAUACGUGGAGCGAAGCAUCCAGUGAUACUAAGCCGAUACCCUCUGACUGUCAUUCUGAUAAUCGGAAGGAUACACCUGAUCCAGACUUCCCGAGACCUGCCAAGCGGACGAACACAAGCAAGAAGGUGACUACAGAUUCGGAAGACGUGACAUCCAGCCUAUUCUUCGAUGGUCUCCGUGAAACCCGGGUGAUGCCCUACUCAAUGGGUGAUCCUGCCGAUUGGGGCCUAAAUACAACAGAUAGUAGUGCGUUUGAUCGUGACCCGAUUUUGGCUGACAUCCAUACAGAGUGCUUGCCAAAUGCAAAAUUCAUUGAUCUCAGGGGCAUGCUUUCUUACUUUUCAAAUUGGUUUGGGUCGAAGGACACAAAAGAUAGAAAAGAGAGCAACUCAUCCAAUGACGUGGGACCUCGCUCUAUCAUCAAGGAAGACAUUCAAGCUCCAUACGAUGGAACUGACCGUCUCUCGGAUGUUUCAAAAGAAGAAAACGAGAGGAUCGAAGAGAUCGGGCGAGAUCACUCUUCUGAAUUUAUGUCGGAGGACUUCGAAUGGACCGACGCAGGUCAAGGCCAGAUUGAAGACAAUACUAUGCUGUGGCUCUUCAAGGAUGGAUCAGAUGUGGCAGAAGCCCAGCAGAGGUCACGCAGGUAG